GAUUGAAAUCUUGCUUACGUCAAAGCAAUAUUGCAAUCUUCAGGAAGCGACAAACAGUUCAUUGAAUUCAUCCAUGAACUUUAACAAAUAGCGACUUUUUAAACCAUUUGGCCGCAUCGAAGAAUGUGCCGUUAGAUUGACUAUUGACUGUAGAUGUGUAGUAAAAGUUCAAGGGACUGAUCUGGAGUAACUGCAUAGAGUGUCUGUCACAGCGACAGUGAUCUGUAACAUUGAUCGACCAACAUCAGGAAUCCCUGGAGCUUCUGAUCAAAUCUAGUUUAAUAAUAUAUUGAUUGUGAGUGAUGGGUGCUCACAGGAUUGAGGGACGCAGAGAAUGGCUGCAGCAGGAUGUCAAUGAGCAGCAGGUGCAGUCAGUGAAUCCCUGGAACAUUAUGAUCAAACACAGACAGGUGCAUCGCAGGGGACGACGCUCACAGAUGACUGUCAGUUAUACAGAUCCUAUCAUUUCCAUGGAUCUUUUGCGGACGGUACUGCAGCCCAGCUUCAAUGAAGACAUCCUUGCUGUGUUCAGAAAAUAUAUGAAGUUUUUUGAGAAGGCAGCCAGCAAUGUGAAAGAGAACGUUGGUGGGGACGUCCAGCCAGAUCAGCUGAUCAGAGAUGCUUGUCGAAACUGCCUGGAACAUGCAAAGCAGCUUUUUCCUGAUACCGAGAAAACUGCUCAGAAAACUAGUAGUAACGACCCCACAGUGAAGCGUUCACGACAGCCAGAUGACAACUCGGGCCAGAGAGACAGUCCCGUACCUAAAAAGAGAAAGGGUCGCCCCCCUGCUCAAGUUGUAUCAUAUGACCGAGCGGUCCCAUACAGCACUCCAGCUAAACCUAAAACAUCGGAGCCAAUAAAGCGAGAAGGUCCCAAGUGGGACCCAGCUCGGUUGACCGAGAACAGCACAUUUGUUCUAGGAUCCAGGGCAAAUAAGGCUUUGGGAAUGGGCGGAACAAGAGGAAGAAUCUAUAUCAAACAUGCAGAGCUCUUCAAGUAUGCAGCUGAUGCUCAGGACAAACACUGGCUUUCAGAGAGACAGCACAUGAGAGCCACAGGUGGAAAGAUGGCUUAUCUGCUUAUUGAAGAAGAUAUUCAAGAUCUUGCCCGAAGUGAAGACUACAAGGACUGUCCUGAAUUGAAGCUGGAUGAACUGAAACCAUUUCUAGUGCCCAUAUGGAUGGUGGAGAAGAUGCAGAAGACGAUGGAAUCGCAGAAAUCGGAAAAUGACCUCGCCAUUUGAUGCUGACCUCAUCAGGAAAGUCAUUGGACCCUUGAGUGUUAUCUACUUAAAUUGUAACUGUUUGUUUUUAUAUGCUGAAUGCGAUCUUCACGUUAGACGCAGGCAGCAUUAUGAUCAAACUGUCCAGAAAUGGUUGUUUUGGAGGUUUAAAUACACCAAUCCAAAUUUUACAUGUCAUUAACUUGUAUUCACAUGGCCUGACAUGGUAAACAAUUUGAAUUCCUGUUUUCUUUGUCAAACAUAAUUGUGCUUUUUUUUUUUUUGGCGUCAUGAAUUUAAAAGACUUGAAUAUCUAAUGGGGCACAGAUAGAGCCUGAAUUACGUUUUGUAUGCUGUGGUUUUUAGAAAUGGGCUUAUUGUGGUUUUCCUUUCUUUUUAAGUGCUUGUGAUACUAUGUAGCCAGGAUGACUUGAAUUGCAAAAUAUGAAUUUUAUUAGCCAUGUCUGCUUUAAAGGGAAAUUUAUUUAGUCAUGAUUGUUUUUUUUUUCUUCUGUUAUUUCUGUAUUUUGAAAUAUAUUCUGCUUUAUUCUUAAUUUUUUUUUUAUAUAAAGCUACUUCCUCAAGCAGCAGAGUUAUACAAUGCACCUUUUUUACUUUUACCUUACAGUAUGCUAUCAUUUGUCGUAUUAAAAAAAGAUACAUUUGAACAAAUCUAUUUUAAAUUAUAUUUUCUAAAUAAAUUCCAUGGC